UUUAAUUGCAGUUGCUGCUGCUUUUCGAAAUGCUGAUAAAAACGUUUAUAUUUAAUGCUUGUGAACACUCAUUAUAAUAUCAGCAAUCCACUUUUGAUCAAUUGCAAUAACCUGCAAUGCGGUACCAGAAAACACGUAAAAAAUUAUUUAACAAAAACAACAGCAACAACAUUUUUAACUACACAACAACAACAACAACAACAACAACAAUAGCAAUACAUUUAUACAAUUAUCGACAAGAAGACGACCUACAACAAGUACAACAAAUAUUUGAUACAUAAUUUAAAAAAAAAGAAAUCAUUGUAAUAAUUUUAAUUUAUUUGUUUUUCAAACGAAAGGCUUACAAAAAAAAACAACAACAACAAUUUACAACAACACGUUUGGCAAUUUUGUUUUCGAAAGAAAAAAAGAAAGAACUUUUACUUUUAGUCUGUAUAAAGACUAAAACAGAAAGAAAGAGCAAGCGAUAUUUGAAGUUAAAGGUCAUGUUUGAAAAACGUUCCAUUUGGGGUUUAAUAGUGGGACUUAAUGUCUGCAUAUUAAUAUGGUUGAUCUCAGUACAAGAGCCGGUUAUGUUUGAUGCCAGUACAGCGGCUAUAAGUAGUAGUAGUAAUAAUUUUAUAAUAAAUGCGGCAUCAGGAGGAGGUGGAGCAGUAGCGGGAGCAAGUGCAGGAGGAGGCGGCUGGGGCAGAGAUUUAUUAUCAAAACAUAUACCCGCCACAAGUAAUGAGUACUUAGAUGAAGUGACAUUAGCAGCCUCAACUUUAACCACCUUAAAUUUUAGUCAGAAUCAUAACAACAACAAUAGCAACAACAACAACAAUUUUAAUAUGUUUGAUGACAAGACACCAACAACAAAAACCAGCGAUUUGUCAGCGGACAUACAAUCACUCACCUCUAGUCUGGGCACUGGUGUGCUAGAUUUAAAAAUCAAACCCACACCAUCAUGGGCUACACUAACAGCUGUUUCAGCAGCACUGCCGCCGCAAGACUUUAAUCAAUUAAUAGAUUUAAACAAUUUUCAAUUUCUCAUGCCACAACCUGUCUGUAGCAAUCACAUAGAAGCCUUAAUUCUAAUACAUUCAGCACCGAAAAACUAUGAAAAACGUGAAAUCAUACGAGAAACCUGGGCCAGUAUAAGUCAUCAUAGAGUCGAAUCACCACUACGGGUAAUCUUUCUGCUGGGCGCUGUUGAAAGCGAACAACUGCAAGAGGAUUUAGAAAAAGAAAAUAACCAAUAUAGAGAUAUCAUACAGGGCUCGUUUAUAGAUGAUUAUCGCAAUAUGACCUAUAAACAUAUAAUGGCCUUUAAAUGGUUUCUCUAUAAUUGUCCGCAGGCACAGAUUUUGAUAAAGGUCGAUGAUGAUGUCUAUGUAAAUACACCACAGCUAAUAAAGUACCUUAGAGAACAACAGCAGCAACAACAACAAAUGAAUACUAAUGACAAACCCACCAUUGCUACAGCAGUAACAGUGACACCAAAUAAAACUUCUACUACAACCACGACCACCACCACUAGCACAACAGCUUCUUCAAUAUUUCAUAAACUCAAUAUCUUUGCCUCAGAAACACCUCCUUCAUCCGAGUCAACAACAACAACGGCAUUUAAUGCCUCACAACAACUCUUUAAUCAUCCGGAAAAUCUAUUGUUUUGCCAAAAAAUCAUUGGUUCAUUGGUUAAACGUUCCUAUCGUUCAAAAUGGCGUGUUAGUUUUAAAGAAUACUCCGAACGUUAUUAUCCACCAUAUUGUCCGGGCUAUGCCAUUAUCUAUUCACCCGAUAUUAUCUUCCGUCUCUAUAAAGCUGCUCAACAUUUCAAAUAUUUUUGGAUCGAUGAUGUUCAUAUAACCGGCGUUUUGGCCCAACAAACGAAUACAACUAUAACCACCUCAUCACAUUAUGUACUGUAUAGUAACGAAUGUGAUCAAAUCUUAACGGGCAAGACUGAUCUCAGUAAAACGGAAUUUUUAUUCGCUUGGCAUAGUAUAUCAGCACAAAAAAUUAAAUUACUUUGGCAUCUACAAAUGAUGUCCAUAAACUCACUGGAUGAUUUACACUAUAAUAAAGAGUUUAAGAUGAAUGAUGUCUAUCAAAUGCAACGACAACGGCAGUCUCAACAACAACAGCAUCAGUUAGAAAAUAUUGUUGAGAAUUCAUCAUCAUCAUCAUCAUCAUCGUCAUCGUCAUCAUCAUCCUACACAUAUACCUCGGCGAAUGGCUUCAGAUAGUAGCCUGGCGUUUAGUUAAAGACAUUAAGAGAAAAA